CAAAAUAAUGACUCUUGUAGUUUGUUAGAUUAAAAUAAAGGGUCUAUGAGGGUCUCCACCUGCAGCAGCACACAUGGACGUCAGUGAGUAUCUGUUAUCUGCCGGCCGAGCCGUGCUGGACAUUGUGGAGCGGGAGUGGCAGCCUCUGUCUCCUGCUGAGCUGGAGCAGCGGCUGGACCAGGCUGUGGAGGAGAUCUUGGAGGCUGAGCUGAUCACUAAACUCAAAACUCAACCUCCUCCUGUUGCUCCUUCUGCUGAUGCUGCUGCUCCUAUUUACGUCCAGUUACUGCAGGAUGAAGCUAAUGUGCAGCCACAAGUUUCACACACGACCCCAUCAUCCAGUCCUGCUGCAGAGGAGGAGAGCAGAGAGCAGCUGGAGCCUGCAGACACAGCUGCUGUCAAGUACAUCGCUGAUCUGCUUCAAAACUCCAAAUCCAGAGCUCGAAUGGCUGGACGUGCUCGCUUGUCUCUGUCUCACACCGUCCUGCUGUCCCUCACACUGCUCUCCGAGCGCGUCAGCUACCGCUGUGUGUCCCGCCGCUUCCGCCUGGAGAAAGGAAACAUCCACAGGAUCUUCUUCUCUUUCUGUGAGCGCGUCAACAUGCUGCAGGAGAGGCUGAUCAGGUGGCCAGACGGCAGAGAGGCUGUAGAUGCCCUGCUUCCACUUUCCAGUCUGCUGGGAAAAGAAAGGGAGCAGGAAGAAGAGGAGCAAAUUGUCCCUCAGGUCCUGGGAGUGCUGGGAUUCACCCGGAUCCCCAUCCGCCUGCCUAUAGGGAAACAUGACGUGGAGAGUGCAGUACCUGAGGUGAAGAGGAUGAAGCAGGAGGCUCAUCCCGACUCUUGGCUCAACCUGGAGCUUGUGUGUGACUGUAAAGGCCGUUUCCUCCACUGCAGCAUCAGUAAAGGAUCAGAUCUGGACAGAGGCGGCGCUGUGAGAAACAAACUCAAACAGCAUCCCGAGCUGAUGCCCGCCGGCUCCUGCCUGGUGGCCCGAGCCGGCUACCCGCUCACCGCCCAGAUUUUAACACCGUACACAGGAAGUUGCGGACCGAGAGAGGAACUCUUUAACAAAACUCUGGAGGCACAUUUUCACAUCCUGGAUCAGGCCGUUGCCAACCUGAGAGCCAGAUUUCAAAGACUCAGGUAUCUGGAUAUCGGGAACUACGAUCGAGCCCGAGCUGUGGUGCUUACCGCCUGUGUGUUGCACAAUGUGUUUUUGGACAUGGGAGAAGUGGUUCAAGGAGAGGUGGAGAGAGAGGAAGCCAUGAGUCAAGAGGGAGAUGAGGAGGUGGAGGAGGAGGAUGUGGAGAAGGAGGAUGAGGGUGUGCGCAGACGUGACGACAUCGCAGACUUUCUGUUUAAAAACUUUGAUUCUGAAAACACGUGAUGAUGU